AUGGGCAUGUGGCUUGGUCAAUUAUACGCACCCACCAUCGGUUCGACAAGUUCAGUAGUGAUUAGCCUCCAGGGCGAAAAGUUUAUAAGCGCGUCCACCUUGGCGGUGACUAUUCAUCAUGACCGCCGCGGAGUCAUCCUCGCCGAGCCCGACGUUCUCAGCCGAGCAGAGCCUUUGAUGGAUCUGGACAAGCGCCAGAAUAAGGCACCAGAUAGCCCCGCGGUCCAGAAGCUCAAAGCCGAGCGAAAGGCCAUCUCGCCCGAGCUUGACCAGGCCACGCAGGACGUGCAGGCUGCCCGCAAGGCAGCCAACGCGGCCAUCCCCCAGAACCUUAAGCAGAAGGAGAAGGAUGCCGUCACGAAGUUAAAAGCCAUCCGCCAGGGUCUCCCCGAGGAUAAGAAGAAGCAGCUUAAGGAGAAUGGAAAGGCCCUAGAGGCAGCCAGGAGGAAGAAGUCCCCUGCCCCGUCUGGCCCAGUGGCUAGCCCUAAGCCUUCUGCUACCCCUAAGUCCUAA